UGGCUAACGUGACCGACCACUGGCCGUAUCAGCGACCACCCCGCCCCGCCCCGCGCCGCGGACAGUGAGCGUCUUCGGCCGCAGUCCCACGCCGUCUCGUGAACUGAUAGGAUCGGCCGGCCCAGUGGCCACCAACGAAUCAGGAUGGGGGCCAUGUUCCGCUCCGAAGAGAUGACGCUGUGCCAGCUGUUCCUGCAGCCGGAGGCGGCCUACACCUCCGUGUCCGCCCUGGGCGAGAUGGGCAUCGCUCAGUUUAGAGACAUGAACGAGGAGAUGAACAACUUCAUGAGGAAGUUCGUGAGCGAGGUGCGGCGCUGCGACGAGCUGGAGCGGAAGCUGCGCUACAUCGAGGAGGAGGUGCGGCGAGACGGCGUCCCCAUCCCGGACCUGGACGAGAUGCCCAUGGCGCCCAACCCGCGCGAGAUCAUCGACCUAGAGGCGCACCUGGAGAAGACGGAGACGGAGAUGCUGGAGCUGAGUCAAAACGGCGUCAACCUCAAGUCCAACUUCAAGGAGCUCAAGGAGAUGAAGUACGUGCUGGAGAAGGCGCAGCACUUCAUGGCCGAGGUAAGGCGUGAGGGUGAGAGUGGAGGCCGUCCCCAGGAACAGGAACACAAAGCCAGGUAAGAGGCGCGACAUCAGUUACCCCAUUGUCAAGGGGAGAAAAGGAGAGUGAAAAACCAUUUUUAUUUCUUUUCCGUGAAUAAGGAGGAGGUGUACAAUGCUCUCGA